AUGCAGGAACAGCCGAUAAAUGACUUCUUGAGAGAUGAUAUGCUGAUGACGGUUCGCGACUCCAACCCGUGGUAUGCCAACAUAGUGAACUACAUGGUAUCCAAGUACAUACCUCUAGGGGAAAAUCAUCAGCAUAUCAUCAACAUACCGUUCGAUGUCAUCGACACCUCUUCGCACAGGGCAAUCACACUCCGCGACGACUCAGCCACCGGAGACGCGUCCUCGCCAACGACUAGUGGUGUCGCCACCGCCUCCAGCCGCUUGUGCCGCCUCGCCGAUGCCACGGCUGUCGUCAUCGCCAUCCUCCCUCGACGUCGCCCUCCACCCUGGCCUGCCCUCGGUUUCGCCGGAACGCUGUCGCCCACGCCGGUCUCGCCCUCCGCCUCGCCGGAGUUCCUUCGGCAACCCCUUCCGCCGUGCCCGUGCGUCGGCCGACAUCGCCAUCUCCUCCUCCGGCAUCGCAGCGUCAAGGUUGCACUCGGCCUCGCAUCCCCUCCAUCCGAACCCCGCCGGUGUUCGUUAUCGUCGUCUCCGUUCGUCCUCGUCGACGACUCCUCCGGUCGGUCGUUCGUCCUCGCCGGCUCAUCGUCUCGCUGCGCCGCCACCCUCGUCGUCAUCGCAGCGGCGUGUUCCGCGCCGUCCUCGUCUCCGUGCAGCUGCUGCCGGCUGCCCUCAUCGCCUCCUCGCCGGUUCCGGUCGUUGUCCUCUUGUCGUUCCCGGUCGUCGUGGCAUUCGUCCCUCCGUCAAGCCGUUCCCGUC